AUGCUUCAGAUUCGGCUUAGUAAGGCUCCUGCAUCAGAGGGGUCAGGAGGGGUGAAGCUUUCGCCUGUUGAGAAUGUGACAGUUGCGUGCCCUGAUCAUCUGGUUCUUGCUGAUCUUCCUGUUGCAAAGGGCAUUGGUGCAGCCACGGCUGCUUCUCUUGUGAAGACUUUGGGCCGUAGGUCCCGCCGCCAGCUUGGUGAGCGAGUCCAUUUCUGUGUUCGCUGUGAUUUCCCUGUCGCCAUUUAUGGACGCCUGAGCCCUUGUGAGCAUGCCUUUUGCCUGGAUUGUGCUAGAAGUGAUUCAAUGUGCUACCUGUGUGAUGAACGAAUCCAGAAGAUUCAAACAAUCAAAAUGAUGGAAGGAAUCCUCAUUUGUGCUGCUCCUCAUUGUCUCAAAUCUUUCUUAAAGAAAGCUGAUUUUGAAUCUCAUAUCCAAGACAUCCAUGCCAACCUUCUUCGACCCAGUGCAGAUAAAGAAGAUGGAAAUGAGUCAGAGGCACAGAGCGUUAGGCAAUCUACAGCGUCGGAUUCCACUGCUAGAGGUCCUCAAAGACCAGUUUUUUCUCCCGGUUCAAAUUCCCAGCAACAUGAUCUGGAAGACAAAUCUCGUAGACAGACACCUAGAGAGCAACCACCAUCAAGGCAAACCCUGCAGCCAAAGCCACCAUAUUAUGGUCAACCACACCCUAGAGAUAACGUGUCUGGCUCUGUAGGAGGUGGACAACAGGGUUUUCAUCAACAAAGUUUUGACAUGCAGCAUCCCCCACAAGAACAUUCCCAGUUUUCUGACAGGCAACAAGCAGUUGGUCUAGAGACCCCAUUUCCUGAGUAUCCAACAAUGCACCCUGCACAACCUUCCAAUGUUCCCUCCCUGGUUACUUCAAACCCAAUGCUCAACCCUCCUAUGCCAUUUGGUUAUCCCCCUUACCCAAACGAACGAGCUCAACCAUUUUAUGCUGCUCCCUAUGAUAUGCCUAGACAGGACUCAGGUGCUGAUAUAAGUGGGGACCAGAGUUCAUUAUUGGGUUUCCCACAAGGUGCCCCAGGUGGCCCAAAUUUUCCAGGAAAUUAUCCCCAGCCCUGGAAUUCUGGAAUGGGUGGUGUGCCUUUUGAACAAGCACCGGGUGGUAUGGUUGUGGAUCCAAGGGAAGGCAAAGGUAUAUUGGCACCACAGCCCAUGCCCCUCCCACCACCACCACCGCCUCCACCCAACAUGUCACAUUUGAAACAGAACUAUCAUUCUGGGGAGCUUGGACAUGAUGGUCAGGGUUAUGGGUGGCAGCAUGAUAACCGUGAUAGCUUUGGUAGCCAAGGCUUGUGA